AUGACCGAGCGACGCUGGUCAGGCAGUGUACAGCUAAAAGCUGAGCGGAGUUUGCUGGAGAACAACUUGAACCAGUUCAUCAAGGCGCUAGCGAAUGAAGCCGACGUUAAUGGGAAGAUGAGUAAAUUUCCGUAUUCAAAGUAUUCGCUGUUUGAGAUGGCUUGCAAAACACCGGGAAGAGCCAAAUUUAUUGCGGCCUGCCUGCAACGUGGUGCCUAUGUGACGCAGAUCGACAGCAACAAUUGGAAGCAUGUGUUUGAGUGUGCUAAAUUGCUGCUAAAAUACGACGCCAACAUAAACGCAACCGAUAAGUACAGUGUGUCACCGAUAGCUUUGCUAGUAACAGCUUUAUACGACGGUUGGAGAAAGGAAAUUCUUGAAUACUGUUUGCAGAACUACAGCGUGAACGUAGACUACCGGGGACAGCAGGCGAGAAAAGCGAUCGUGAAGAACUUCCCUGGCACGGACAUUCCCAUCUACGACAUGGAAAAGGUUACCGUGGAUGUGUUGCGGAACAAACUGAACGUCGAGACGGAGGACGAGUUUCUUGCGGCAUACGAGAAGUACUGUCAGCAAAACAAUGGUCACGUGCCGACCGAAGAAGAACGCGCCGAGCUGCUAUCCGUAGCCGUGUAUCGAGCGAAGCUGACCGCCGCUCAGAAGCUCGUUGAAGGGCAGAUAGUAGAGGGCAAGUUUACCGGUAAUCCAAAACUACUUUCGGGCCUGCUGGCCAAAUGUUGUAAUCGGGGGAACGAGCAGAUGCUCGAGUGGUUGCUGCAAAUCAUACCGGACGAUGAGGUAGCGCUAGUCAACAAGGAUCCUCUGCUCUCACUGCUCGUCAAGAAGAUCGACGUGUACAAGGACAAGAAGGAGAGUUCCUAUAUCCGUAGCAUGCGCAUCUUGCUGAACGAUCCACGUCUAGAUAUCGACAAGAUCGAUGUGAAAAAAUGUACGGCGAUGCAUUACGCCGUCAAGUACAAGAACGAUUACGCCCAAGAGCUGCUGCUGGACGAGGGAGCGUACAUCUGGGGCGAAAAUAUAUUCGGCGAUCUGCCGAUCAGCGAGAUGGACUCGUCCCUGCUAGAGAAGCAUCUGGACUCGUGCGUCACGAACAACGAUCGCAAGCCGGGCGACGAGGACUACGAAGUGAGGAUCAGCUUUGCCAACUUUAUACCGCCGGCCCACAAUCCAAAUUCCGAGGACGAGAUGCGACCGAUCGUACACAUCGCACAGUCACCCAAUUCUAAACAUCUUCUCUGGCAUCCCGUCAUAUCGAGCAUCUUGUUACUUAAGUGGAUUUCGUUUCUGCUGGCGCACGAGUCAGCCGAUGAGACAUGGUCAAUGGUGCUGGUUGGAGUGCUUCUGCUGCUAGGGGUGGAGCUUACGCUGCAAUUUGGCAUGCUCCCGAUAAACUCGAUUGCCACCAAUAUGGUCAUGCUGAAGACGGUUACGAAAAACUUUCUCACCUCUUUGAGCUUGUACUCGAUCAUAUUGGCGUCGUUUACGUUAAGCUUUUACACAGUGUGUAAGAUGAAGGAUAUUGCUCAGCUGCGCGAGUCGAACAGACCCGUACAAGCGGCAGUUCAUAACCAGGACAUUGAAGAUGAGCAUCUUUUCCACAAUUUUGGUGAGAUUCAGCUGGCGUUGAUGAAAACUACAGUAAUGUUCACUGGUAAGUACACGGUCGAAUUAUGA